GAUAAUUUUUUCAUCUUUCAUUAGUAGUCUCCUGAAAAUCAAUCAGUUUUCUACACCAUUCGCUAGAUUUCAGCAAAGCUAUUUUGUUUGAGCUUGAAAGUUUUUUCACAAUAUUUUAUUGUAUUGAUAUUCAGCUUCGGGAAUUUGUUGUUGUGAAGAUUAAUUUUGAUUGAAAUAGGGAUUGGAAUGACGAUCAUUUCGUUACCGGGAAGUUCAGGCUACUUGGAUGCUAGUAAUAAUAGAAAAGUUUCUUACUUCAGCAAUCCGUAUGUAUUGGGUUUAACUUUCGUUGCCGGUAUUGGAGGUCUCCUUUUCGGAUACGAUACAGGAGUUAUAUCUGGUGCACUUCUGUACAUUAAGGAUGAUUUUCCUGAAGUCAAUCAGAGCAGUUUCCUACAGGAAACUAUUGUCAGUAUGGCAUUGGUUGGUGCGAUGAUUGGAGCUGCUGCUGGGGGCUGGAUUAAUGAUUAUUUUGGACGGAAGAAAGCUACUCUGUCUGCUGAUGUUGUUUUCUUACUGGGAUCUGUGGUAAUGGCUGCAGCUCCGGAUCCGUACGUUCUUAUACUUGGUCGACUCUUAGUAGGUCUGGGAGUUGGUAUUGCUUCUGUCACUGCUCCUGUAUACAUUGCUGAAGCAUCACCAUCAGAAAUUCGUGGGGGCCUUGUUAGCACAAAUGUACUAAUGAUUACAGGUGGACAAUUUCUUUCCUACCUUGUAAAUCUUGCUUUCACAGAGGUACCAGGGACUUGGAGAUGGAUGCUUGGAGUGGCAGGAGUGCCUGCCGCGAUUCAAUUUGUCCUCAUGUUAUUUUUACCCGAGUCUCCACGAUGGCUUUACAUGAAGAGGGAUAAGUCUGAAGCUGCCACUGUUCUAGCUAAGAUUUAUGAUCCUUAUCGAUUGGAGGAGGAGAUUGAUCAGCUUGCUACUGCAUUAGAGGAAGAACGCUUGAGAAAGCAGGCUGUCAGUUACCUGGAUGUUUUUAGGAAGAAAGAGAUUAGACUUGCGUUCUUUGCUGGGGCUGGAUUACAGGCAUUUCAGCAGUUCACAGGCAUCAAUACGGUUAUGUAUUACAGUCCAACAAUUGUACAGAUGGCUGGGUUUAAAUCAAAUCAGCUAGCAUUACUUCUGUCUCUCAUUGUUGCUUUAAUGAAUGCCAUGGGUACUGUAGUGGGAAUUUACCUCAUUGAUCACUUUGGACGCAAAAAGUUGGCAUUGACAAGCUUAUCCGGUGUAAUUGUGUCCUUGAUUCUCCUAGCUGUAGCAUUUUUCUUAGAGUCAUCUACUUCAGGCAAUGUUGGGGCUUAUGGGUGGAUUGCUGUAAUAGGCUUAGCCCUCUAUAUUGCUUUCUUUGCACCUGGUAUGGGUCCUGUGCCAUGGACAGUGAACUCAGAAAUAUACCCAGAGUCCUACAGAGGAAUGUGUGGUGGCAUGUCUGCUACUGUCAACUGGAUAUCAAAUCUUAUAGUGGCCCAGAGUUUCCUAUCCUUAGCCGAGGCUGUGGGCACAGGUGUUACUUUCUUGAUACUAGCUGUUAUAGCAGUGAUGGCAUUUGUGUUUGUCGCCGUGUUCGUGCCAGAGACCAAGGGCUUGUCAUUUGAGGAAAUGGAGAAGAUUUGGAAGGAGAAAGCUUGGGGUAAUGGAUCUGGCAAAGAACCACUUCUUGAAUCAAGAAGCUAGUCUAAAAGAAUCUUAUGGCAUCUUCAUUGUCAGGGGGUGUGUGGUACACCGACAUCAGUACUCAGUGAAAAUUAACAAGUAGCGUCUGGAGAGGGUAAUGUGUACGCAACUUUACCUCCUCUACCUUUGUUGUACCACCUUGUAUAUUAUGUACACUAAUGAGAUCAAUGCAAUGUGAUGUGGUUGAGGGGAAUUUUGCAACUGCGUUUAUUAAAGCUUUGGUUGCAAUUUCCCCAAUCGAUGUGAUAGGUCCUCUAGUAGUACUAGUCUUUCUUUUUUUGUAUCAAAGCUGGUGAAGGUCUAGGAAAACAUUGAACGACUUUGCUCUAGACUUUUUGAGCUUCAUUGUAUUAUUAUCUAAUUAAUUAAAAAAAUUGUUUGGACGCAGUUAUAUUUUAUA